AUCUCUCGCACUGUUACGCCAUUUUCGUGAGUAAGAAGAAGAAACGUAAGCUAGAGUCUCUCCGCUCAGAACCUCUAAACAUGGCCGAGGGACUUGUACUGAAGGGCACUAUGCGCGCCCACACCGAUAUGGUCACGGCCAUCGCUACACCGAUCGACAAUUCCGACAUCAUUGUCACAGCGUCGCGUGACAAAUCCAUCAUCCUUUGGAAACUCACCAAGGACGACAAGUCGUACGGUGUUGCUCAGCGUAGGCUCACUGGUCACUCUCACUUUGUCGAAGAUGUCGUCCUCUCAUCGGACGGUCAGUUUGCACUCUCCGGAAGCUGGGACGGUGAGCUCCGUCUGUGGGAUCUCGCUACCGGCGUCUCGACCCGUCGUUUCGUCGGACACACGAAAGAUGUGCUCUCAGUCGCAUUCUCCGUUGAUAACCGUCAGAUCGUAUCUGCGUCCCGUGACCGCACGAUCAAGCUGUGGAACACACUUGGUGAAUGCAAGUACACCAUCUCCGAAGGUGAUGGUCACAAGGAAUGGAUUAGCUGUGUCAGGUUUAGCCCUAACACGAACGUGCCCACCAUUGUUUCCGCUUCGUGGGAUCACACCGUGAAAGUGUGGAAUCUCCAGAACUGUAAGCUGAAGAACUCUCUUGUCGGACACACGGGUUACCUCAACACUGUCGCUGUCUCGCCUGAUGGUUCACUAUGCGCCAGUGGUGGGAAAGAUGGUGUUAUCUUGUUGUGGGAUUUGGCAGAGGGAAAGAAGCUCUACUCGCUUGAGGCUGGCUCUAUCAUUCACUCUCUUUGCUUCAGUCCUAACAGAUACUGGUUGUGUGCUGCGACAGAGAACAGCAUUAAGAUCUGGGAUCUAGAGAGCAAGAGUGUUGUUGAGGAUUUGAAGGUUGAUCUCAAGGCCGAGGCAGAGAAGGCUGAUGGUGGCGUUGGAACUGGUAACCAGAAGAAGGUGAUCUACUGCACAAGUUUGAACUGGAGUGCCGAUGGAAGCACAUUGUUCAGUGGUUACACUGAUGGAGUUGUCAGGGUCUGGGGUAUUGGUCGUUACUAGAGAGAAGAAGAAGAAGCAGCAGAUGAAGAAGAAGACUUGAUGAGCGUUACAAAUUCUCGAGAAACAAAAGAUUAGCUGUUUUUAAUUUCUCCAAUUUUUCCAGACUGGGUCAGUUAUUGUAUUAGUCCCUCCCUCCCAGACCUCUAUUUUGACAAUUUUUGUUUAAUUUCCAGAAACAAAUUCAAAACGCCGAUACAUUGAUAAUCAUAUCUUCACUCUAU